AUGUCUUCACGGGCACCACAACCUUUGCCGUAUAUUCUGCCAGCGGACGAAGUGAUCCCUGCCAUGCGGCGCAUCAUCACUGACCGAGAAGCAGUCCGCAAUUCGGUGGCCAGCAAGGUGACGCCAGAGGAGGCCACCUUCGCCAACGUCAUCCAACCAUGGCUCGAAGAGGAGGACGCAAACCAGGAGACGGAAGCUGUUAUAGACAUGUAUCGCUACGGAGGUCCGGACCAAGAGAGCCGCGACGCAGCGGAGGAGGCGACGAGGUUAAUGUCCGAGUGUACCGCUCGCCUCGCAAUGAGACACGACCUCUUCCUACUUGUCAAAGCUGUGGCGGACAAGGAUGAAUGCCCCAACGAGGAGUGUAGGAAGGCUGUGCGGGAUAUAUUGCGCGGGUUCACCAAUAUGGGGCUUGGUUCACGCUCCGCAGAACUUGAGGGCGUGCCCACGGAGGAGAUCAUACGCCUUGCAGAAGACGGAAAGGACGGGGUUUUCAUCAACUUUGGCAAACGCGCUGACCGGCUCCUUGUCCUACGACACGCCCGCAGCCCAGCCACCAGGAAGAAGCUAUACCUCGGGAACGAGCAAAAGCUUUCAGAGAAUGUCGCAUUAUUCAAGACAGUGGUGCUUUUACGCGACCGAAACGCCCGCCUGCUCCGUUUCAAGAGCCAUGCCGAGUUCAAACUGCAGGAAAGAAUCGCCACUUCGACUGAAUGGGUGGACGACAUGUUGCAUAGUAUGCGAGAGCAACUCCUGCCGAUAGGUCAGGAAGUGAUGGAACAGCUUAAGGCUACAAAAGGGACUCACCUGGUCAGAAGUAACCAGUCAGGAGACGACGAAAUACUUCCUUGGGACUUCCACUACUACAUGCGGUUGCUCGAGGAGGACAAAAAGGUAGAUCAUGAACUGAUCUCAGAGUACUUCCCACUUCGCAAUACCGUAUUGAGAAUGUUGGAACUGUUCGAAUCUUGCCUUCAACUCCACUUUCUGCCCAUAGCGCCUGAUGACCUAGCCGGCACAACUUGGCAUGAGGACGUGGAAGCUUGGUCGGUCUGGGACAAGAGACCGGGGCACACGGGUGAAUUCAUUGGGUAUCUUUUCUCAGACACUCCACACAGGAAUGGCAAGUACAGAGGGAACCAGAAUGUCAACCUGCAAGCCUCGUACGUCAAACCCGACGGUAGCAGAGUUUUCCCAGCGACUAUCUUGAUGUGCAACUUCUCCCCGUCGGCUGUCACAGGCUGUGCCCUACUCAAACACUCCGAAGUAGUAACUCUGUUCCAUGAGCUCGGUCAUGGUAUCCAUGACCUGCUGUCUCGGACAUUCCACACUCGAUACCAUGCUUGGAGAACACCAGCAGAGUUCGCUGAGGCUCUAAGCACAAUGCUCGAGAAUUGGUGUUGGAAUAAGAGCGAGCUUAAAGAGAUGAGUUGCCACUACACAGGGGUCGAGCCCGAUUGCAUCGAAAGAUGGAAAGCUCAGCACCCGGGGAUAUCAUUACCCGCUGAAAAGAUUCCGGAGGAGCUCCUGGAUCAGCUGAUCGGGAGUGGCGAUCUCAAUAAGGCCUUGCGACUUGUUCAGCAGACCGCAGAUUCAGCAUUCGAUAUGAUAAUCCACAACCCUACUACUCGCGAGGAUCUCUUACAACUCGAUGGGACGAAGCUUUACAGCAGCAUUAAAGAGGACUACACUCUGCUAAGAAAUCCUGAUCCGACCACAUGGGGACCAGCGCACUGUCAUUUUGGACACUUGAUGUCCGGCUAUGACGCUGGCUACUUCUCGUAUCUUAGUGCGCAAAUAUUUGCGGCAGACUUCUACGAAACAGCAUUCGCUACCAACCCACGGAGUCAGCAGACCUGGGACCGAUACAGACGGCUUGUUCUUGAGCCUGGUGGCAGCCGAGAUGGGCUGAAGAUGAUGGAAGACUUUCUCGGUCAUUCUCCAACACCAGACGAUCUUGUUCGAGCCCUGAGACUUGGCUGA